AUGCUGGUCAUGGCACAACUACAUACACUAAAGGAUGCAACCCUUUGGUUGACGCCAAGCAAAGGGGAGAAACGAGCACCAAUGUAUUAUUGCUAUCACAUAUGGGUGGCGGCCUACUGGGCUAUCUAUGCUUACACCAAUGUCUAUGAGCAUUUCAAUAUCGGAUUCACCAUUCAAGCAAUUUGCGCAUUCCUGCUGUUGUUUGAUGUUGGGAGGAGGUAUAAUUAUUCCCAGCGAAAGUGGUAUGCAGCUGUUGGGUCUAUUGUGGUUGCAAAAUUCAUCUGGGGAUUGGAACGAAAACACUACGAAGAGGGCACAUGUGAUAGUCCAGGCCAGGGGCCCUUGCCUACCAUCCUCUUUGGCAUGUUGGUGCUGGCCUAUCACAUUACUUUGCCAUGCGACAAUGUGCAGAAUUGUUUGAAAUCCACAAAAGUGGGAAAUGUGGCAAGAAGAUUUGAUUGA